AUGAGCUUCUCAGUGGAUGCUUGUGUCGUUUCUGGUAAGAGCUUCCCACGCGAUUUGACGAUAUCUGAAAACGGAAGAAUGUCAUUUCAGAACCAAAAAGCUGGAGAAAAUGUACCUCUUCAACUGUUGAACUGGUUCACUCGAAGAAGUGACACCUCUUCCAACAAUGAUAAUAUCGUUCUGUUGGACAUCGAUAGCUUGAUCGACUCCUCUCCACUGUUGUCCAGUUGA